UUUCCUUUAAAAUGACAACCUCAUGCAGCCCUUGGCAUCAUAAGAGCUGGUCAAAGACAAAGAUAAGCAAUACUCACCUAUUCUGGCAGAUAAUAGCAUAACUAAGUUCUGGUCUCCCAGGAGUAGAUCAAAACAAGCAAAAGAAUAAAGAGAUGUACCAUCAUCACCAAGGGAAGACCAGCUUCCCUUCUUCGAGGAUGUCCAUUAAUGUCCGUGGAGAUACAGGACUGGUUCUAUCAACUGAUGCUAAGCCUAGACUGAAGUGGACACCAGAACUACAUGAGCGCUUUGUUGAAGCAGUCAAUCAGCUUGGAGGAGUAGACAAGGCUACUCCAAAAACAGUUAUGAAGCUCAUGGGAAUUUCAGGGCUUACCUUGUACCACUUAAAAAGCCAUCUUCAGAAAUACAGGCUUAGCAAGAAUCUCCAUGGACAAGCUAAUACAGGGAUCAACAAGAAUGCAGUUGCAGGAGAUAGGAUAUCUGAAGCAAGUGGAGCAUUUAUAAGCAAUACAAGCCUUUGUUCCCAGACAAACAAAAGCUUGCAGAUAAGUGAAGCAAUACAGAUGCAAAUAGAAGUGCAGAGAAGGCUGCAUGAACAGCUUGAGGUUCAGCGACACCUACAGCUCCGGAUAGAGGCCCAGGGAAAAUAUCUACAGUCAGUGCUGGAGAAAGCCCAGGAAACACUUGGAAGACAGAACCUGGGCUCUGCAGGACUUGAAGCUGCAAAAGUGCAGCUCUCUGAACUAGUCUCCAAAGUAUCCACUGAAUGCUUGAACUCUACCUUGUCUGAGUUGAAAGAACUACAAGAUCUGCACCCUCAGAAAACACAAACAACCCAGCCCACAGAUUGUUCAAUGGACAGUUGUUUGACCUCAUGUGAAGGAUCUCAGAAGGACCAAGAGAUACACAAUAUCGGGGUAGGUUUAAGAUCUUAUUAUAGUAAUACAUCUCUGGGCCAAAAGGAGAUUGUGGAUGAUUCCAGGCUUGAGCAGCCAGAACACGCAUGGGGAGAAGACCAAAAUGAGAAUAAGAUGUUUUGUUCUUCCAAGGGAAGAGACACUGAAAGAAUAAUGUUCCCGAUGAAAAGAAACUCUAGUGAUUUAACAAUGAGCAUUAAGGUACAUGGAGAAAAAUGGAAUGCCAGCAGCUUCUUUACUGAGGCAACAACCAAAGAAGGAGAUGAAGAUGACAGCUUCCAUUACCAAACCGGUGCUAGAAGACCUGUCACUAAUGUGGAGAAUGAAAAGAUGUCAAAAGGAUUCAGACUGCCCCAUCUAACACCAAAACUAGAUCUAAAUUCCCAAGAAGAAAAUGAUUCUACUUCUACUUGCAAACAAUUUGACUUGAAUGGAUUCAGCUGGACCUAAGAGAUUGUAUUAUAGGUUGGAUAUAGUUGUUUAACAGAAGUCCAUGCUUGAUGGACACGUCAAUUUUCUUUCCAUAUCAAUUGAGAUAGCUCAAAAUGUAGAACAACAACCAAAUUAGCCUGACAAGGCAGCACAUCAGGAUCAAUGGCAUCAGAGCAGGAUGAAGUCCAAAAAUUACAAGCAGAUGGAGCAAAGGCAGGAGCAAACUACCAAAAUUACAUGUAGAAGUUAAUAACAAAUAUUGGUCCAGAAAAAUGUACUACUACUGUUCAAAACUCAUUAAGAGCUUAAUAUUUAUAGUAUCAUGCUGCAUAACCUUUUACAUUGCAAUAUCAUGCUUAUAACCUGAGAAGAGAAUCUCUAGGUGAAUAAACUCUAAUGAUUUUCCAUAAUUGCAAACUGUGAGCAUAAAUGCAAGUUAAACAAGGAAUAUAUGCUUAGAAAGUGUUUUAAGAAGUUGGGGAUUAACAUAUUAUUAGGUCCAUACCAUCUAAGCACACUUCACCCAACCAUGGUUGUAGAGAUGUAGAGAGAUCAUAACAUCCAACCAUGGUUCACCCAAAAGUUCCAAUCAACAUGGAACCUAGAGCAUUUGAUUUUGACUUCAAAACUAGGUUGUCUUCUCCAAACAAAUGUUUAAUAUUGAGAAUAACACCAAACACAACAACUCUAAAAGAAAAUAAAUGUUUAAUAUUGAGAAUUUAAUUAAAUAAAUUAGAAAAAAUGAGAGAAAAAGGAGGAAAGUGUGGAAUAACUUCAUUCACUGAUCAAGUUGUGGAAAUCCAAAUAAACAGAAUAUCUGCAACUUUAGAGAGUUGAAAAAAGACAAUCACCCUGACUGGCUGGUAAGCACUAGGGUGUGGGCAGGCUCAGGUUGGGGAAUUGUUAAAAUUUCAAUGGACCUGGCCAAAAAGCCCAGGCCUAAUGCAGUGUAAACUCUUCAAAUUAGGUACCCAAUUCACAUCUAGCAAGCACCAAGUUCUUCCCUUCGCUAAAAGUAAAAGAUGCAUUUCACAGAACUAACAAAAUAGAAUAAUCUAAGUGAAUAUUUUAGACAUCAUUGUCAACCUUGUUCCCUCAACCAAUCAAUCAUUUCAUAGAUAUUGACACAAAUUUGGAUUGAUCUGAAUCAAUAAGCUCCCUAACACAGUUUCCAAUUUCAAGCUCAUAAGAACAAUAUUGCUGCCAGAUUUUCUAGGAGCCACUAGUAUUGUUUUCACUUGAUACUACCAAGAUUAAAAGUUGCACAGCACAAGUCCAAAAUAACAGAACCAUGGUGGUGGUAUAGGUUGGUGAAUAGCUACUUGUCAUACUUGGACUCCCCCCCCUGCCCCCUCAAAAAAAAAUAAAUAAAAAUAUUACACGGGCACAAGCAAAGACAGCUAAAGUUGUUGAUUUGACAGAUUUGGUUAAUCCGGUUGAUUAGGUUCCCUCUUCACACUGUUUUACGGGGGUGUUUUUAACAUAUUCUAGGUGCUAGGAGGUUUUCUUGUAAGUAUUAAAUUUGUGAAUAUAUUUGGGUGGAAUGGGUACCACCACUUCAUCUAUGCGAUUUUCCUCUCCAUUACGUUUCUCUUCUCCUCUCUUCUUCACUAGAUGAUUCUAUGACUGAUAGCUGAUUACGCACACAACAGUAAUUCUUUCCCAUAACAAAUGAAACUACACACACACACAGAGCAGGUAAACAAGGCAAUUAUUCACAUCAUCUUCAAAGAUAUUUUAUUUGUUUUUUGGUAAUAAGUAAA